UCCUCCCGUUAGAUGAGGGCGCACUGAAGCUCAGCGGAAACGGUGUCGUGUUUCGUCGAAGGCUGAUGGCAUUUGCCAUAAACAGGAAGUGCGUUUGGACUGUGAGCGGUUGUUCCUGAUCAUGGGCAAGAGCUGUAAGGUGGUAGUGUGCGGCCAAGGGUCAGUGGGUAAAACUGCUGUUUUAGAGCAGUUACUGUAUGCCAACCAUGUUGUAGGUUCUGAAACCAUGGAGACGCUGGAGGACAUUUACAUAGGGUCUGUGGAGACGGACCGCGGCACCCGAGAGCAGGUGCGGUUUUAUGACACGCGAGGGCUGCGUGAUGGUCAGGAGUUCCCGCGGCAAUACUUCAGCUUCGCAGACGGAUUCGUGCUCGUCUACAGCAUUGACAGCAAAGAGUCCUUCAAACGCAUGGAGCUCUUGAAGAAAGAGAUCGACCGCUGCCGUGACAAAAAAGAGGUGACGAUUGUUGUUCUGGGUAAUAAGUUUGACCUGCAAGAUCAGAGGAGAGUGGACAGUGAGGCGGCUCAGCAGUGGGCACGGCAGGAGAAGGUCAGGCUGUGGGAGGUGUCAGUGACCGACAGACGAACACUUAUUGAGCCUUUCGUUCAUUUGGCCAGUAAAAUGACCCAACCUCAGAGCAAAUCCACCUUCCCUCUCAGCCGCAACAAGAACAAGGGCAGUGGCUCCCAGGACAGCUAGAGAUGGAGAAUGAAAUAAACAGGAGUGGGGAGAAGCAAAUAUUAGACGAAAGAGAUCCGAGUGAAAAUAUGGAGCAAGAAAGAUCUCUAAAGAGAGAAAUAUUAAUGGAAGAAGACACAGAAUCUUUAAAAAAAUAUUUGUUUCAAUGUGGACUGCCACAAUAUUAAAAGAAAGAUACACAUGUUUGGAACAAUGUAUAAAGUUACUGCAAUUAUUUACAAUUAUCAAGUUGUUUAUGAACAUAUGGCUUAGGUUUUUUUGUGUAAUAAUUAUACCACACUGAAAUAUGUACCUCUGCAGUUACAUAGUUGUUACGUUUUAUGUAAAAAGCAGCAAGGGUCACUUAAAUUCAUUGCAGACAAUGUAUUUUGCAUGAUGUUGCCAUUAUGACUGCUACUGUUAAGUCUUAAGUUGCAAUCUGUGUGAAUGUGAGUUUUUCUUCAUUUCUAGGAUUUUAUAUUUUUACUUAUUCAAAACAGACAUUCCAAUCAACAAAAUGUUUACUGUUUUAUAUCACAAGAACAUAUUUCUGUGUCAAAACGAGUCUGUGAGAUUCUAAGUAUCACCACUGUGCCAUUGUACUGUUUGCCCUCAUGACACUGCAUUUCAGUUACAUCUUUAUAAAGCUUGUGUCAUCAUA